AUGUCCGACAAACUGACGCUUGUGCAUUUCGGCGCUGGCAACCACACCGACCCGCCAGAUAAGUUCAGGCGGCUCUUUCGCAGGGCAAUUCGGUCGACACCUGCUUCGCGGCCGCUGUUCGAGUCCCAGCUCGCGGAAUUGGUGUCUAUCUCUCAAACCAUCGAAGAAAGCCCUCUGACAAAUACCGGGCUCACAUCGUCGGUGGCGCGCGACGGGUCGAUCCAAUGCGAUUCCAGCGUGUUUGUGUACAACCGGACAACGCUCAAACACACACAGUCGUCGCUGCUGGCAAACACGUCGGCUCACCCCACCACCGACUGUGCGAUCCAGUACGUUCUGCAACAGAACCAGAACGAUCUCGGGCUCACAGCCCCGGUGGCGUUGGUGGGCAAGACAGACCGCACGCUGGAACUGAAUGGACCCAUGAAACAGUUCUACGACAAGUUCAAGCCGGCUCUGUGCAAGAUCGAUGCCGUGGACAGGAAAACCGUCGCGUCGAUCGUCUCGGACACGAUCGGGGUGUCGUUGGUGGGCCGCACCACGGUGACGACUGGAGUGUCGUCGGGGGGCAGUCUGUUCAAGAGACCGGGACGGAUAGGAUGUUCGGGCGUGGUUGGGGCCGGUUGCUACACUGCGCAGCAGGAAGGGUUCCUGGCCAACGUUCUUUGCUCGGGGAACGGAGAAGACAUCAUUCAAAUGGACCUUGCGCGGACAGUGUGCCGCCACCUGUUAUCUAAUCGACAUUCCGGACGCAUGACCUGCGAUCUGGUGGCCGAGGCGGCGUAUACAGCCGCAGAGGAGGUGGAGUUACGAGCACUAGACGAGAAUUACAAGCCACGCCUAUAUGUUGGAGUAUGCGGCUACUUUGAGGCUCCCGACAACCUCAAGUGUGUGUUCUACUUCCACACAACCGAGACGUUUGUGUUUGGAUACUCUACGUCGCUCAAAAGCGAGUUUCUGUUCAGCAAACUGCCCAAAGCCCAGACUGCCACCAAGGGCCAGAUGUAUGUCAAAUAG